AUGGUGGGAAUAUUUACAAGUUUUGAUCAACUUCCAGAAGAUAUAAUCAUGGAGAUAUUCUCAAUUCUGCCUGUGAAAUCUAUACUGAAACUCAAAGCUGUCUGCAAAUACUGGUACUUACUCAUUCAAACUCCAAAUUUUAUUAUCAAACACUUUUGCCACAAAACCAAUCAUGCAAUUCUAUUUGUUCAUAUCUAUUUCUUGGACAAAAACCAAUUAUCUCUCUCAAAUAAUGAAUCCCCUUUACUCCAAGAUUUUUAUCUCCACAAAUCCACUUCUUUAAAGCCAGUGAUUGGCCCCUUAAAUGGCCUCUUUUUUGUGCACAAUCUUGAUAAGAAUGAAAUGGCUCUGUGGAACCCCGCAACAGAGGAAAUCAAGAAAAUAACAAUAUCAAGUCCACCUCUUUAUCCUUCGCUCCCGUAUCAGAUUCUUCAAAAAUACAAUACUUCUAAAGGUUCCGCCAUGCACCCGGCGACAUUUUUGAAGAGUUCGAGCAACACAAAUUUUAACCUAUGUUGCUCGGACUCUCCAGAAAUGUUGUCGCACCCGUGUCGGAUUCUCGAGAAACACACUGCUUCUGAAGGUUCUGACACACACCCGUCGAUAUUUUUAAAGGGUCCGAGCGAGAGAGAUUUUAGGUCUUAUGCUCAUCAUUUUGGUUUUGGAAUGGACCCUUUGAGUAAAGAUUACAAAGUUGUAUGGAUAAGAGAUUACUUUUGGAAAGAAGAAACAUUUACAAGAAGUGCAUCAGCUGUUGUUUCAGUGUAUAGACUAAGUACUGAUUCUUGGAGGCAUUUUGAGGACACUACAUUUUUGAGUAGUCAUAUAGUUAUGUCAUAUUUUGAUUCAUAUCUUGAUGGAUUUUAUUACUGGAAGAAAAUUGAUGCUGAACAGAACUGUGAAAUUCUUGCAUUUGAUUUUAGAAAUGAAACGUUUCAAGUUAUACAAACUCCAGAUGUGUUCAAUUCAAAUUUGGGAACACUUGGUUUGUAUGAUGGUUGUGUUUCUAUGUUCUUUCAUUUUGUUGUUCAGAGCAAAACAUGUAUUGAGAUUUGGGUGAUGGAAAGGUUUGGAUUUUGGACUAAAAGAUUGGUUCUUGAAUCACCUUUGAUAGUUAAAAGACCAAUUGGAUAUGGUGUCAAAGGGGAGAUUUUUCUUGAAACUACAUCAUCAAGUCUUACAAUGAUUGAUCCAAGAACACAAGAAAUUGCUAAGUUCACUGAACCACUGGGAAAUAAUGGCUACUCUUUGCAAGUUCUUGGGUACAAGAAGAGCUUAGUUUCCAUCAAGAAAUUGACCAGUUGUAACUUAACCAGAGUUCUUGAGUUCGAACUCUGA